UGUUGUGGAUUUGUGCCUUUCUAACACAGUUAGAUGAAUCUAUGUGUGAAGAAUGCAAAACAGUGAAAAAGUGAAUUUCUCAAAAAAAUGGACUAAUGCCCUUUUAACAAAUCGCGAUUCAUAUAUCCAUGACUGACAAUAAUAGUUGUUCUGAAUGUCAAGUAUUGGAGACAUGUAAUGGUAUGUAGGAUUUCCUUUGGGUAUUGAUUAUACAGUUGGUUUGACUUUUUCAGUGUAUCCACACAUAAAAUAUUGCAGUAAAACUUCCAGAUAUGAAACUACUGAACUCUAAGACCUAGAGCACUGGCAGCUUGAAAUUGAGCUAAAGUUCCAUGUGACCCAAAGUGUAAAAAAGUACUUUCAUUUGUGCUUGCCACAACCUUAGAGCUUUUAUUAUUCUUGAUGACUUCAUUGCCAUGUUGAUAUGUUCUAGAAAGUUUAAAAUUAAUACCUAUCUUACUGAACCAAAAAUGUUACAAAAAUUCAAUGAAUUAAAGAGUCAACCAUCUCAUCAACAGUCUCCUUAUUCUGCACGGAAUGCCAUGGGUAUGAAAAAACAUCCGCAAAAAAUGCAAUUUCAUUCAUAUUUCUGUAUGAUCUGUAAGUUAUAUAUUUUUCUUUAGGUUUGGGAACUUUUAAUGAAACGGCACAGAAAAUUAAAUCAUGAUGGGAAAUUGACGGAAUUGGAAGCUGCCCAUGGUAUAAUGAUUCCUCAGGGUCCGAGACUACCAUAAGAUCUAGCCAGGUGGCGGUUUCGGCAGACAAAAAUAUUGUGGUGGUUUGGAAGUCACCUUUAAGCCGUUGGUCUCCAGCAUUGCCUGAUAUCAGAGGAGAAAGCGAAUCAUUGACGAUAAAUGCUUUCAGUGUCAAUGAACUAAUUGAAAGAAUGGAUACAACGAGAUUGGCAGUAUCUGCGACAAGUUUUGUUGUCGGAGUGGUGGCAGCGCUGCUGGUGAGGGUAGGGCUGCGAGGAGGGUUUGUGAAGGCAUUGACUACAGGAAGCUCAUGGAGGGAUAUGAAAAUGGUAAUGGUGGUGCGCUCGGACCUGGCGAUUGGCAGAAACAAGGCUGCAGCUCAAUGUGCUCAUGCUGCCAUCAACUGUUACAAGAGAGCACUGACUGAUGCACCAAAAGAUCUGCGCCGUUGGGAGACCCAGGGCCAAACCAAGGUGGUGGUAAAGGUAUCCGGAGAGGCGGAGCUAAUUGAGGUGGCAGAGAA